AUGCAUAGCUCUGCGUCCCUGUCGGCAGUGGCGAUUGCCCUGCUCUCUGUCCUGCCAGCCGCUCAGGCUGGUCUCUACACCAAAAGCUCGCCUGUUCUACAGGUCAACGCAAAAAACUACGACCAACUGGUGGCCAAGUCCAAUCACACCACUAUCCUUGAAUUCUACGCCCCCUGGUGUGGCCAUUGCCAAAACCUCAAGCCCGCAUACGAGAAGGCGGCCCGCAGCCUCGACGGCCUCGCCCACGUGGCAGCGAUCGAUUGCGACGAUGAUGCCAACAAGCAGUUCUGCGGCAUGAACGGAGUCCAAGGCUUUCCAACGCUGAAGAUUGUGCGUCCGGGGAAGAAAACUGGCCGGCCAGUUAUGGAGGACUACCAGGGUCCGAGGACGGCCACCGGCAUCGUGGACGCCGUGACGGCCAAGAUCAACAACCACGUCAUCAAGGUGACAGACGCGGACGUCGAUGCCUUCCUCGACAGCAGCAACGGCAAGCCCAAGGCACUCCUCUUCACGAAAAAGGGAACAACUAGCCCGCUCCUGAAGAGUCUCGCCAUCGACUUUCUCGACGUCAUCGCCCUCGGUCAAGUGCGCGACAAGGAGGCCAAGACGGUGGAGAAGUUCGGCGUCGCGAGCUUUCCUACGCUCGUUCUUGUCCCCGGUGGCGACGCAGAGCCAAUCAAGUACGACGGUGAGCUGAAGAAGGACGCCAUGGUCAAGUUCCUCUCACAGGCCGGUGCGCCCAACCCGGAUCGAACACCGUCGACAGCGAGCAGCAAGGCCAAGAAAGAGUCGCAGAGCAAGACCAAGGCCGCUCGGGAAAAGAAAGAGAAGGCAACGAAGGAGUCAUCGGAGACGGAGACGGAGACGGCAACGACCACGAAGGCGGAGCAGACGGCGCCUGUCAUUGUGGAAAGCGCAAUGCCGAUCCCGACUAUCAACACGCCCGAAAAGCUGGCUAAGGAAUGUCUGCACGGAAAAGCGCACGCGUGCGUCCUGGCGUUUGUGCCAGCCAGCCACGGCGGCAACACGGCCAUCGACAAUAGCAAGGUCGUGCUGGAGGAGCUCUCUGAGCUGGCUUUCAAACACGCGCAGAGCAAGCGGAACCUAUUCCCGUUCUUCGCAGUGCCGGACAGCAACACGGGCGCAGCCGACCUGCUGAAGGCGCUCGGGCUCGCAAGCGACAACGUGCAGCUGGUGGCCAUCAACGCGAGACGGGGCUGGUGGCGGCAUUAUGAGGCCGUCGACUUCUCACGCGAGGGUAUUGAGAGCUGGAUCGAUGCCAUCCGCCUGGGUGAGGGUGCCAAGAAGCAGCUGCCCGAGGGCAUCGUCGCCGUUGCGUUGGAAGACGGCGGCAGCACCACAGAACCAGAACAGACAGCCCCAGAGCUGACAGUGGAAGCUGCCGAGCCAGCAGCCGACGAGCCCAAGCAUGACGAGCUAUAG